CUGACCUGCGAACACCAAAGUAGGAAAUGUAGAAAGCAACCAUAGACUGAAAGCAACACGAUAGCACAUUUUAGUCAGUAAAAUAACAACCAUGCACUGCUUGUGUAAUGGAAUACAUGCUUUAUUAAGGAUUUUGGUGGUCUGUGCGUCUCUUUUCAUUAACCAUGGAUUGGCCGGUAAAAUGAAGAUAGUGGAGGAGCCAAACACUUUUGGGUUGAACAAUCCUUUUCUGUCUCAGGGAAGCAGACUACAGCCUAAAGUGACCCCAUGUCCAGUGUCUGGCCCUGCACAUUUUCAUCAGCUCGCUGGAAAGUGCUUCAGUUAUACAGAGUCAACGUAUAAAUAUGAAUUCUGUCCAUUUCACAACAUCACCCAACAUGAGCAGUCAUUUAGAUGGAAUGCUUACAGCGGGAUACUCGGGAUCUGGCAGGAGUGGGAAAUGGUAAACAACUCUUUCACAGGCAUGUGGAUGAGAGAUGGGGAUAACUGUGGAACGAGAAACAGGGAAACAAAGGUGAUUUUUGUCUGCAGUGCAAGCAGCAAGCUCUCUCAAGUCUCAGAGCCCAGUACCUGUGUGUACUCGCUCACAUUUGAGACCCCACUUGUUUGCCAUCCACAUUCGCUUUUAGUGUACCCAACACUGAGUGAAACGCUCCAAAAAGAAUGGGAUGAGGCUGAGCAGGCUCGCUAUGAAGGACUCGUUACUGAGCAGGGAUACAACAACCUUUUAAAGGAUAUCUUUGAGGAUGCCGGUCUCCUGAAAAGCCAAAAGGUGAAGAUAAAGCCACCAGAAGUUGUAGCUGAUUCAGGAACACACAACUCCUUACAGAAAUGUACAGAGGAUCUCGAAAAACAGCGAGAAGAAGUCAACAGAUUGCGCUCUCUCCUCACUCAACACAACAUUCCCUUUUAUUCAGCGCAAACACAUGACCCAAAAGGCCCACCAAGUACAACAGUAAAGGAGCAACACCCACGAGGAGACCAAGGCCUUCUUGAUCAGCUUUUUUAUCAAUGACAGUUGUUGGACAAUGUUGCCGUCACUGCUGAAGGGACUUAACAGUGACACUGAGAAAAACUCAUUUCUGUGUUACAUACUUCUGACUUUAGCAGAUUUUUUUUUUAGGAGUAAUGACCCUCAGCUGGAUCUCUCAAGGACUUUAUCAGUCUUGUUAAUGAAGGAAAUUCUGUCAACAUGCAGCAUAUUGAGAAAUACAUUUUGUUUUAACAACGUUUUGGGAGAAGAGAAAAAUUGAGUCCUUGAAAACUCUUGCAGGUAAAGAUUUUUAUUCUGUACUGGACUUUGUGGUUACUGCAUACAGAAACUGGAUGUCCUGCUCCAGGUAGAAGGUACAUCAGAAAACAUCUAUAACAGGAUAAAUGAACUGGACAUUAAGCAUUUUAUUAAAUAACUUAAAUGUGUGUCAGACCAAAAGACAAGAGUAAUGGUAAAAAAAAAACUUGAAAGAAAUAAGCAUAUGGUGAUAUUUUUGUGUGUGUCUUGAUACAGUGAGAGGAAGUUAUUUAAAUGUCUUUGAAUAUUAAGUGUACUGUAUUUGCAUACAUUUCUAAUAAUACAGGAAGUGGUGUCAACAGCUUAAAAUUACAAAUAGAUUCCGUUUCCUUCCUAAAAUUAAGAGUCAAAACUCUUAAGUGUGUGUAGAGCAAGAUGCCACUGCUUCUCCUAUACCUACUGUAUAUCUGUUGAGGGCAUAGACUGUAUGUGAAUUGCAGGGAAAACAGAGUCUACACAAAUGAGUAGUUAAACACACACGUAAUGUAUUAUUAUUAUUAUGUAUUGAAAAUGGACUAAAGGGCUGGAGCUCCAAAACACAUGUAUCAUGCUUAUACCUUGAGUGGAUGAGAAAGAUAUUCUCAUCAGUGACUUCACAGAUUAUGGAGCUGACACGUAUAAACAUGUCUACAAACAUUCCUGAGACUUCUUACUCUCAUCUUUCCGUUGUAUCCUUAGGGGGGUUUACAUCUCUACUCAUCUGUCCACAACGGUGCAAAAAGCUAUUUGUAAUAAAAAAAUAAACUUGA